AUAUCGUAUGAUCCAACUCCAACAUACAUCAUAGCUGUGUGAAAAUUUAUUUUUCUGAGGAGGGAGGGGUUCCUUCCAGAAUCGGAAUCUAGAUCGGAACCCUAAAAGGAAAGGAAGAGAUGCCGAAGAAGAUGGGAGUCAACACCAAGGCGGAGGCGGCGAGGGCUCGCAAGAGUGCGGCGGAAGUGGAGCGAAAGGAGAGGGAAAGUCGAGAGAAAGAGGAUCAUUACUGGCGAGAGGCGGAGGGUUCGAAGUCACGCGCCGCCAAGAAGAAGGAGGAAGAGGCCGAAAAGAAGGCGGAGGCAGUGGCACGGCGAGCGGAGGCGCGUCGGUUGGCGGAGCAGGAGGAGAAGGAGCUCGAUAAGUCCAUGAAAAAGGUGGAUAAGAAGGCGAACCGAGUGUCUAUCCCGGUGCCGAAGGUGACGGAGGCUGAGCUUAGGAGGCAGCGCGAGGAGGAGCAGGCGGAGGCACAGAGGAAGGCGGAGGAGGCCAAGAAGCGCCAGAGUCGCACUGCUGCGGAGGAGGAGUACGAGAGAAUGGUGCUCGUUUCCAACACUAAUCGCGAUGAUUCCAUCAUCGAAGCACGAACUGUGGAUGAUGCCAUCGCUCAGAUGACCAUCGUCGAUAACUUGCCCCCCGAUAGGCAUCCCGAGAGGCGCCUCAAGGCCUCCUUCAAGGCAUUUGAAGAAGCUGAGCUCCCUAAGCUGAAAGAAGAGAAACCAGGCCUUACCCACACUCAGUACAAGGACUUGAUAUGGAAGCUCUGGAAGAAAUCUCCUGACAAUCCUCUUAAUCAAAUUGCUGAGUGAGUGAUCAACAACAGCAGGCCUGUAACUGAAAGCAGAGUUGUAGUCAGGUUUGAUGACAGCUUCUAUUGAGCAUUUUCAUGCUGUGGCGGAGCCAUUUCUACUUCAUAAUAAUUCCUACCCUACAGAAUUUCGUAAUUAGGUGAUUAGGACAGUUUGCCUUUUACCCUGUGGCUCUGUUAAACUCACCACAUGUUAUUAUACUCUUUGUUUCCUUUUUUACUGUGAUCCUUCUGUAAGCACUAGCAGGAGAUGAGUUUGACUUUCUGUACAUGCACAGACAUUGUUGCCGUGAAGUUUGAGUAGGACUCUCUUCGUACUGCCAGGGAUAAGGCUGUUCUAGAGUAAAUUUGUAUUUAAAGUGAACAAAUAAAGGUAUACCUGCCUUCACUUUAAUAAAGCAUAGGCUUAAUUACCUGUUUAAUCUCACUUUUUUCUCAAUGUACGCUUGUAGUUCAUGUACUUCUAAUUGUGGGAAUUUCAUCCUCAUGAUUUUCUAAUUGUUGAUGUAAAUUUCGUCCAAUUGUGGAUGAAAAUAUGAUGGAGAUGACUGACAAGGACUAAUAUGUUUAAAUAAAAAGAAAAGGCAUUUUUUUUAUGCCAUUAGCCCUAAAUUCCUAAUCUACAAUGUAACCAACAAAUUGCUCAUCACAAAGCUGUUGACAUGGCUUCCUAAUCCGCAAAUCCCGGGCUGGAGACAUGCCUUCCCUCCAUCAAAUUGGUCAUCGCCUAUACACCUCCUACUCAUCCCCGCAAUGAGGAAUCUUCUCGGUAGGAUGUGAUGAGGGAAGCAAAGUCAUGGGGUAUAAAGGAAAAGAAGAGGAUGGUGGUGGCAAAGCUAGUGGAGGUAGGUAGUGGCGGAGUGGAUGGUAGGGGUCCAUGGAAAAAAAACUUUUGCCUCAUUCGCCUUUUCAAUCUUUAUAAUCUCCCAACCCAUCUACACCCACUCCCAAAUCCACCACCUAGAAGCACUCGCCUGCUUCCCCCCUCUCCCCCUCCAGCUGCUCCCAUACAUACCUGUGAAAUUACCACUACCAAAGUGAGUAACACUUUACUGCAUUAAUUUCUUGAUCUUGUUCACUUGGGCUCUGAAGUCCAGUAUAUUCUUCAGGAUUUGCUGGCCUGAAGCUCGUCCACAUGCUCAUGAACCGAAUUCCUUUCCCCAACAAAUAGCUUCUAUGACUAUGCACAAACAAGGAUACAUAAAAUUAUGUACUCAUUUUCUGGUGCAUCGUAUGUAUACUUCAUGUAGAAGAAUGCAUCGACUUUGUCAACUUUUAAUGGUGUAUAUUCUCACGAAAGCUAUUGUAAAAGGCAAACUUCACGUCAGUUUCAGUCAUUUGAACAGCCAUGAAACCUUAAGCAUCAUAAAAGAAUUUCUCAACAUUUCGGCUUUUAUCCCUUGCCUGCGUUUGAGCUUGUUCCACUUGUUAAACAGAAGCAGGUUACAUUUCAAUCCCAUUGUUAUUCAUUUAAAGAUGAAGGGAACAGGCUUUUUUUUUUUGGUCAAGAAGGGAACGGAUUCUUCCUUUCAUUUUUUUUGGUCGUUAUUCUUUCAAAAAUCUCGUAAAGUGUGAGUUUGGGCUUAACUUCCAUGGAGGCCCAAAUACUUCCGUCUGCAAUCGACUCUCUGUGGUAGGAGAAUGAGAGUGGAAAAAGAAAAGAAAAGAAUUGGUAAAAUCUAUGAUAGAGUUUGGUAUCCUCUCUUAGUGGAAUAAUCCUGACCAUUAAUUUUAUAUGGAUAGAUAAUGGAAGUUAGUGAUUUAGUUUAUAAAAAACAUUAAUACUUUUUUUAUCUUUAAGAUAUUAAAAAAAUCACAAAUUUUAAUUUAAAAAAGAUAUAAAAUAGUCAUUCAAGUUUACAAGGUGUCACAGUAAAUACUAAACAAAAUUUAUCUUGUGUUUGAGUAUGUAUGUGUUUUUGUUUAUUAUUAUUUAAAAAAUAAUUUUAAAUAUUUUCUAGUGCCAACUUAGUCAAAUUGCAAAUCAGGCUAAUCCGUCAAUUUGACGUGAAAAUUGGGAUGAGACCCAAUUUAACAAGUAUGGGGAUAAAAUCUGUGCAAUUAAAAUUGCAAUGAUGGAAAUUCCACAUCAAAUAAAGUAGGAGAACUAAAAGUAUAUAAUUAAGCUUAAGGGCGGAUAUGCCACUGUCCACUUUCAAAAUAAGUGCCUUUUGAAUUAUUUUUUUUUUACCUAAGAUGUCUGAGAUAGAAUAGUAAAAUGUUUAAGAUUUUUAUUAAAUAAUUAUUUU